AUGCCGCCUCUUUCCGAGCAGUACCGCGCUCCGCAGGCCGGCUACCUCUUCAAGCUCAAGGAGAAGGGCGGCGGUUGGAAGAAGAUCUACGCCGUCCUGCGAGGCUGCGAGCUCUGCUACUACGAGAGCCCUUCGGAUGCGCAGCGAAAGCUCCUCAUGCGCGAUGGCGCCAAGACGGUGCUGUCUGCGGCGGAGUCCGACCCGCCUGCCCGUGCCCGGCCUCCUGUGCACGACCCAUGGUACUUUACCAUCCAGACAACGACCGCAAGAAAGACCUACUGCGUCCGCACCUCCCGCGACCGAGAGAAGUGGCUGGGCGCCGUCUCCACGGCCGCCCUUCGUGGACAAGCCUCGGCACCGCGGGCGGCUCCCGUCGGCGCGGCGUCCUCGACGUGGGCCGCCAUCGGCGACACGGCGUCUUCGACUCGGAACGCCAUCAGUGGCCUGUUUGGCGGCGGCAAGAGCAGCAGAAACUCAAAGGGCCACGGCGCGGCGGAGGAGGCCAUCCGGGCGGAGCAAGCAAUCGAUGCGGCAUUCGAGGCGGUGGACGACGAGGCGGUCAGGAGCGCCUUCACCGUGCUCCUUUCGGGGCUAUCGCUUCCCGCCGCACGGCUGGGAGAGAUGGAGGCGUGGCCGGCGAGCAAGAAGCGAGAGUGUCUGUCAACGGCAGCUAACGCGUCGAGCCUCCGCCCUCGCGACCUCGUCGCCCGGCUUCGCAGCGAAGAGGCGAGCUCGCUCGAGGCUGUGCAGGAGUGCCUCGCCAGGCUGGCCAGCUCGGGCGUGUGGUCGGCCGAGUUCGUGGCCUGUGGAGGACUCGACGCCCUCUCCGCGCUCCUUCGCUCCCUUUGCUCGCGCGCAGAGCGGCCUGAGGCGGACUGGGCCACGCUCGACGUGGCCAUCCGGUGCGUUGCCGUGCUGGCGGAUGCCGAGGCCGGACUCGCCGCGGUUGCCUCCCACCCUGCGGUCUGCUCCUCUUUUGCCGGUGGCGGCGGCUCCUUGCUGCUCUGCGAUGCUCCGGGUCGCGAGCCGCUGCUGCGGGCUGCGAGCGAGGUGCUCUGCGCGGUGGCGCUCUACUCGGAGGCGGGAGCGAGGAGCGUCCUUUCCGCGCUCGAGCAGCUCGCCCUUCUGCACGGCUGUUCCGACACCGACGCAGCGGGCGCGCGCUUCCAGCCGAUUGUCGAGGCAUUGGCGCCGCCCCGGCGGCUCGCGCAACGUUGGCUGCUGCAGCUGCUCAACGCCCUCGUGUCGGGCCGCGCGUCCAUCAGCGACCGCGUUGAGCUGCGCGGCGAGCUCGCGGCCGCGGGCUUCCUCGAGGCGUCGCGCCGGCUCCUCUCUGGCCGCGGCGACGAGCUCGACACGCAAACCGCGGCUGCGCACUACGAGGCGGUGCGAGCGCUUGAGGCCGAGGUGGAGCGCUGGCGCCGCGAGGCCGCAAAGGCAAAAGAGCAGGCUGCCGCAGCGCAAGGCGCGGCGGAAGCGGCAGAGGCGAAGGAGGCUGCGGCCAGGAGCGAGGCGGCAGAGUCCCUGGAGAAGGCUCGCGCCGUGCAGGCCGCCGCGGAAGCGGCAGCGGCGUCAGAGAAGGCGGACCUCGACCCGGCGGAGGUGGAAGAGGUCUUUGGGAUCGCGCCUCCCGCCGCGGCCAAGAAGGAGAGCAAGGGCGCGCCGGCGUCGGCCAAGGGCAAGGCCGAGAAGAACAUCGCGCUCAUCGACGUCAAGCGCUCCAACAACGUCGCCAUCGCCAUGGCGAGGCUCCGGCUGCCGGACGGCGAGAUCAAGGCGCGCGUGUGCGACGGGCCGCCGCUCUCGCUGGAGCAGGUGUCGGCGCUCCUGUCGGCGAUGCCCACCGCGGAGGAGCUCGAGACGGUGCGCGAGUUCUCGGGGGAGCGCGAGUCGCUCGGCCGCGUCGAGCAGCUCUUUCUCUGCCUCGGCGAGGCGACGCUCACGCUCGGUCCCGCGGUCGCGGCGAUGGGGGAGGAGGUUGCGAUGCUCGCCGAGGCCAUCGAGCAGGUCUUCUCAUCGCAGGGCCUCCGCUCCUUCCUGCAGCGAGUGCUCUGCGUCGGAAACUACCUCAACGGCCAGUCGGCGCGCGGCGGCGCCUACGGCUUCAAGCUCGCCGACCUGGCCAAGCUGGUGCAGGUCAAGUCCGCCGACUCGCAGACGACGCUGCUGCACUACCUCUGCCGCCGCCUCGAGAAGGCGCCCGCCGCCGAGUCGGUGGCCGCGCUCGACGAGCAGCUCUCCCAGCUGGAGGGCGCCAAGGACGCCGACCUUGGAGAGAUGCGCGCCGAGCUGGCCAAGCUGGGCGCCGCCAUGCGCACGGUGCAGUCUGCAAAGGCCGGCGAGGGCGCGUUUGCGCGGCAGAUGGGCGCGUUCGCCGCGGAGGCGGGGGGGCUGCGAGCGAGGGCUGCGUGGCGUGCGGGGCGACGCCUCACGCCUCUCGCCGUUUGCAUAGACGAGAAGCUAAGCCUCGCCUGA